UCAAAAUGCUCGGUGCCGCUUGCUGACAUCCCUUCCUCCCGCAUGCAACACCUCCCCCCAAACCGAGGACCACUUACCCUGGGCAGGAAAACAUGUUCCUCAACAAGGACACUGCGAAAGGCUCGCUGACCCUGGACACAGUUCUGAUCUCAGCAGCUGUGGUCGUGUGUCUCUCCGCGAUGGUCGCCAUGUGUGGUAUCUGCAAGUGGUGUCAGCGCAAACUGGGCAAAAGACACAAGAGUUCCCUGGAAGCAGUUGGCACACCGGACUCCAAUCGAGGCCGCAAUGAGAAGAAAGCCAUCAAUGAUCUUGACAGAGACUUUUGGAAUAACAAUGACAGCACAGUGCACCAGAAAUGGAGUUCCUACCCUCCAAAGGAGUUCAUUCUAAAUAUUUCGCCUUAUGCACCAUAUGGUGACCCACGGCUUUCACUCAACGGCACUCUCAUGUCGGGUAACAAAGCUCCAUUACACGAAAAAGACUUACGCUCAGCCGAGAAGCAAGCCCGCAGCAACAGCGUGAAGAGCAGCGGAUCUUCCAACAGUAAUCGGGUUGAAGCUGCCAAUGGCAAGGCAGGGAAAGGUGGGCGCUGGCAUACAGUCCAGACUCUCCUAGCAUCGGGCAAGCUCAACCAAGCUAACUUGGACGACCCCUCCCUCUCAGCAGCCUCCACACUGGAACACAUAUCUGUGCCGGUGGGCGAACAGCAGCCGAAAUGCCCGCGACCUCGGACGCUGCAAAGGCAGCAAAGCCUUCAGCAGCCGCUGCAGCAGCCCAGAGCGGCUCACAGCCAACCCACCACCAGCCAGAGUCUCGGGCAGCUUCAGCAGUCAACCUCCGGCAGCCGGUCUCCCUACCGGGGACAACCCAGGCAGAGCGCGACUGCGGGCUCCCGCUAUCGCACUGCCGGAGGCCGGAGCCGCUCCAACCCCGGGAGCUGGGAUUACGUGAUGGGACAGCUUCGUAACCGAGGGUUAGAUAUGAAGUCCUUUCUUGAAGGCCGGAUGGUGGUGCUCUCCCUGGUUUUGGGCUUGACAGAACAAGAUGACUUUGCAAAUAUCCCUGAUCUACAGACCAGCAACAGCCAAGGCAUGCAGUCAGACAAAAGGUUACCCACUGGAAAUAAGCCAGUGAAUACAGCCCAAGUUCAAGGGCAGCUCCCUGUGGAUGACUCUGACAGGAAAACAGAGCCUCGCUCCUCUGUCUCAGAUCUUGUGAACUCCCUGACCAGCGAGAUGUUAAUGCUGUCUCCAGGCUCCGAGGAGGACUAUUGCCACGAGGGAAACGCCCGCGAGAACCUGGGCCGCAUCCAGUUCAGCGUCGGCUACAACUUCCAGGAAUCCACCUUCACCGUAAAAAUACUGAAGGCCACGGAGCUGCCAGCCAAAGACUUCAGCGGCACAAGCGACCCCUUCGUCAAGAUCUACCUGCUCCCCGACAAAAAGCACAAGCUGGAGACCAAGGUCAAAAGGAAGAAUCUGAAUCCACAUUGGAACGAGACCUUCCUGUUUGAAGGGUUUCCCUAUGAGAAGGUGGUGCAGAGAAUCAUGUAUCUGCAGGUCCUGGAUUAUGAUCGGUUCAGUCGGAACGAUCCGAUCGGAGAAGUGUCAUUGCCGCUAAACAAGGUGGAUCUGACGCAGACACAGACCUUCUGGAAAGAUCUGAAGCCAUGCAGCGAUGGAAGUGGGAGUCGAGGAGAGCUGCUUUUGUCGCUGUGUUAUAAUCCGACUGCCAACACCAUCACUGUGAAUAUUAUUAAGGCCAGGAAUCUGAAAGCCAUGGAUCUAGGAGGGACAUCGGAUCCCUACGUCAAAGUCUGGCUGAUGCACAAAGACAAGAAGGUGGAGAAGAAGAAGACGGUUGUGAUGAAGAGGUGUUUAAACCCCAUCUUCAACGAAUCUUUCAUCUUCGAGAUCCCGACGGAGAAACUGCGAGAGACGACGAUUAUUAUUACUGUGAUGGAUAAGGACAAGCUGAGCAGGAAUGAUGUGAUUGGAAAGAUUUACUUGUCUUGGAAGAGCGGCCCGGGAGAGGUUAAGCAUUGGAAGGAUAUGAUAGGCCGUCCACGGCAAGCGGUGGCUCAGUGGCACCAGCUGAAGGCGUGAUCGAUCGCUCACCAAAAAAUGUUUCAAGGAGAGAGGAAAAAAUAUAUAAAGGACCAGAGAAGAAAAGAAACCCAUCAGAUUAACUUUGACAUUCUACGUUUGCACAGUUGAAGCACUUGGGGUCACCAUACGUCAUGGGUCAUUAAAGCCUACACCUCGGGAGGUCGGCAGCCAAUCCACACGCCAUGGACUCUAUAAGCAUUGAGCUGCCAGGAACUUUUCUUAUGUAAUGAAAAGGUCGCAUCCACUUCGUGCUUCAAACCCUCUCCCCCUCUCCC